CUCGCGAAGCUUGGCUCGACUAUCGCGUCCAAUGUGGACCUCUUUCAGAACCCACACUCUUCUUCAGUUUCAACACAAAAUCAUCCGCGGGUUACAGUCAUCAUGCUCUCCUUGACCCGCGCAGCUGGAUCACGCAUCCAAUGUCCGGAGGUCGCGACAAACGUACUGCGAAGACACAGAACCUUUCUAUCGCCGCGCGAUUUCCUCCACCUCCGUGCACCGCAAUUCUCGACCACGACCUCAAGAUUUGCUUACAAGAAACGCCCCCCGACUCUUCUGGAGAGUUGGAUUAGGGACAAGGAGCAAAAGCUUGAGGACAGGUUAGACGAAUUGCGGCAUUACAAGAAACGCCCUCCGACUCUCCUGGGGAAGUGGUUGAGGGACAAGGAGCAAAAGCUUGAGGACAAGUUGAAUGAAGUCCGGCAGAGACAACUCGACUACGGUGUGAGCGAGGAGCAAAUCAACAAGCAAGACCAAGUAGCAGAGGCACUGGCAGCCGCAACGAUGACUAUUGCAUUGGCAGCAGGAGUUUAUUACCUUUAUUCUGCAUGGAUGGGUCCUGCUAAGGAGAAGAAUGACUGGAUAAUCACGCUGCAUGAGGGAUCUGCUGUUGAGGUAAAGAAACCGGGAGUUGAUUAGGUUGGGGACCACAGAAAAGGCCAGCACUGGCAUCUCGUGAAUCCUUAGGCUUGAAGACAACACGUUUGCUAUUCCUGUCAGCAACGGCAUUCGACCGUUAUACUUAUGUGUGAGCACCACUACGACUUUAUUUUCACCAUCUCUUGGGACCUUUUCUGUAUGGUCUCUGUCGGUUCAACUCUGA